AUGCAGUCUUUCGGCGACGAAACUCUGUUGGCUUGCAUAGAUAUCGAAAAGAGACAUCAAAUCCCACAAGAGCAAGCCGGAAGUAAAGCCCCGUUGCAGGAGGAAAACGUCAGUGAUCUGGGUGAAUAUUUCAAGUCGAGCUCGCCGCUUUUGGACUUCACGAACAAUAAGGACAACGAUCUGGAUAAACCGAAGCUGUCUAACUCCGGCACGAAGAAAAUAGGAGGAGAAAACGCGUCUGAUUUCGUUAAGUAUUUCGAGGACAGUAUUACAUUUCCUAAGGUCAACAACAGAAGAAAUUUAUCCUCGGCCACCGGUGCUCCGAGAAGAAGCGGGCUCUUGCCGUCCCAAAGAAAUCGGAGUCCUCGUGAAAUAAACAAGAAGCAUGUUGAUAACAAUUUGAAGGAGAAACGUCGUCCCGGCACAGCUGACAAUAAACAGAAGUGCGAUGGAUCUGGUAUUCAGGGUACUCUCUGUAAAAAUAAGUCUUCCAAUAAUGCGCAAGAUGCAACAAGUAGCAGUGGAGUCAGAACGUCAUCGGCCGUUAAUGCUACGUACAAUAGUGAAAAUUCGGAGUUUGUUAUUUCGUCUCCACCACUUUGCACUCAGGACCGUUGUAAAUUGGCGUCGUGGGGCCUGCCGCCAAAUAUUCUACAGAAAUACACUGCCCGUGGGGUAGAACGCAUGUUUCCAUGGCAAAUGGAGUGCUUGUCGAAUCGUCUAGUAACGCAAGAGAGAAGGAAUCUCGUGUAUUCCGCGCCUACCUCCGCAGGAAAGACCUUCGUCGCUGAAGUCCUCUUAAUUAAGACCGUUCUAGAAAAGCAGAAGAAAGUGAUCUUUAUCCUGCCGUUUGUGUCUGUCGUUAGAGAAAAGAUGUAUUACUUUCAAGAUUUAUUGUCCGACAGUGGGAUAAGAGUGGAAGGAUUUAUGGGAGGAAACGUCCCGCCCGGAGGAUUUGCUGCUACCCACGUUGCAAUAGCGACUAUAGAGAAGGCGAAUUCUUUGGUGAAUCGUUUGAUGGAGGAAAAAGAUUUGAGUAGCUUAGGAGCUGUGAUAAUAGACGAAUUGCAUCUACUCGGUGAUCCUAAUCGUGGCUAUCUCUUGGAGCUACUUCUGACCAAAUUGAAAUACAUGACUGUCCACAACGAUGAUAUCAAUAUACAAUUGAUAGGUAUGUCAGCCACAUUACCUAACUUACCUCUGCUAGCCAAAUGGUUGGGUGCGGAGCUGUACAAGACUGAGUUUCGGCCCAUACCGUUGAAUGAAUAUUGCAAGAUAGAAGCAAAUAUAUAUGAUAACAAAUUGAAUCUUGUCAGAAAACUGUCAGAGUUGCAAGAAUUAGAAACAGAUGUAGAUAAUAUUCUACAGCUUUGCAUUGAGACAAUAGGUGCCAGUCAUAGUGUGUUGAUUUUCUGUCCCACAAAGAAAUGGUGUGAGAAAUUGGCAGAACAAAUUGCUGCAACUUUCUUCAAGUUAGGUCGUGAAAAUACAAAGCUUGGUGAGAUAUUGAAGAAAGAAAUUACUCCUGAAUUAAUCCAUGAAACUCUGGAACAAUUAAAACGUAGUCCAAGUGGUUUAGACAAAAUUUUAAAAAACACGAUUUCGUUCGGCGUUGCGUUUCAUCAUGCUGGACUCACAAUGGACGAACGUGAUAUCAUAGAAGGAUCCUUCAGAACGGGAUCCUUGAGGGUUCUUAUAGCAACGUCGACAUUAAGUAGUGGAGUAAACUUACCUGCACGAAGAGUAAUCAUAAGAUCACCUCUAUUUGGUGGAAGUCCGUUGAAUACUUUAACUUACAAACAAAUGAUAGGACGUGCUGGUCGUAUGGGGAAAGACAGCGCAGGAGAAAGUAUACUAAUAUGUAAACCGAAUGAACGUAAUGCAGCUACGUCAUUGCUCUCUGCAGCUCUGGAUCCAAUUGAAUCUUGUCUCAAUGAUUCCACGCUACUAAUAAGGGCGCUCUUGGAAGCAGUAGCUAGCGAAGUUUUAUAUACAUACGAAGAUUUAGAACUGUACAUUAAUUGUACUUUGCUAAGCUUGAAUGAACAGUCUGAUGUGCGAACAUUUUCCAAUGAAGCGAUGAAAUUCUUAUUAGAUAAUGAAUUUUUAUUAUUACAAACUACAGAGCGGGAAUCUAGGUGGGUAGCAACGCCGCUUGGGAAAGCAUGUUUGGCCGCGUCUAUACCUCCCAGAGAGGGAUUGUUUCUGUUUGAAGAAUUACAGAAAGCACGAAGGUGUUUCGUUUUGGACACCGAAUUGCACGUGAUAUAUUUGGUAACUCCACUCUCGUCCGGAUGUCAAAUUGGAACUGUCGAUUGGAUGACGUUUCACGAAUUGUGGAACGCUAUGUCCGAAAGCGAGCGCAGAGUUGGAAAACUCGUCGGAGUAGAAGAGCGUUUUGUGUUGUCAGCUAUCAGGGGAGUCGUUAAACCUGGAAAAUCGUUGAAUAUACAUAGGAGAUUCUACAGCGCAUUGGCGCUACACGAUUUGGUGAAGGAAAUGCCGCUUCAUGCGGUUUGUAAAAAAUACGGGUGUUGUCGCGGAGUAUUGCAAACCUUACAGCAGUCUGCCGCCACGUACGCGGGUAUGGUCACGCAAUUUUGCAAGCAAUUAGGUUGGGAUUGCAUGGAAUUAUUGGUGAAUCAAUUUCAAACGAGAUUGCAGUUCGGCGUCUGCAGAGAAUUGCUAGAUUUGCUGCGUCUGCCGAUGUUAAACGGCUUGCGAGCAAGGAGCCUAUAUAAACAGGGAAUAGAAACCGUAGCAGACUUAGCUGUUGCUAAUGAACUUAAUGUCGAACGCGCGCUUUACACUGCUCUCCCUUUCGAAAGCGAAAAAGAAUGUGAGGGAGAAUAUGCGCUUGAAGUGGAAAAGAGAAAUAAAAUGAGGACAGUAUUCGUCACUGGAAGAGAUGGUCUCACACCUCAACAAGCUGCAGUUUUAUUAGUUCAAGAGGCGCGGACAUUAAUUCAGAAAGAGUUGGGCCUGGAGCAGAUGCCAUGGGAGCAGAAUGAACGAUCUCUGCAAGUAAAUGUUAGAAAUGCUGAAGAUACGUCUAACAUAAAGGAAAAUAUUCAGACCGAUUUGAAUAUAAAGGACUUGGAAUCUACGACAAUGAGAACAUCGAUAGAAAGUUUGGCGAACGGAAACCUUGUGAGUAACGAAAGUGAAAAGGAUAAUAAUCCAAAACCUGACGUACGUGAAGAAAUCAGUGGAACCGACGCGUUGGACAAAAAAGAAGUAACUGAAUUGAACAAUCAACAUUUAAAUGAAGCUGAUUUGCCGCUUGAAGUCUCAAAAGAUGACGAAGAUUCGUCUAUGUUUCUCGACUUAAGUUCUCCCGAUAUGAUAGCAAACGAUGAACCACUAGGUACGCCUAAAGAAAAGAAAAAUUCUCCCGCGACUGAUGAUAGCAAUAAGAUAAAGAGAAGUAGCAAAAAUUUAGAAAAAUUCAACUUGGUUGUUAACGAUAUACCUAACAAAAAGUUAAAAAAUUCCAACACGAAUGAGAUAAAGAAUGAGAAUUUUAUAGACAAAGACGAAAGUGCAUCUAUUAUAAGUGGAGAUGUUAAACCGUCCUACUCAAGGAGUCCUAGUCUAUUCGACGACAGUUUGAAUCUUGACACCCAAAUGUGCGAUAUUCUCGAGCAAAAUGUCAUGAAUAUCGCGCAUUUGACGGAAUUGGAUUCGAAAGUACUCGCAAGCGAAUCAAAUGCCGCGGAUGCGUUACAGAAACAAUCUACAAGUUCAAAUACCGGCAAUGUGCAAUUGUGUGGAGAAAAUAAUGCGAAAGGUAUAGACGCGUCUAAUUUGCAAACCAAAAACAGCAUAUUGUCAUGGGGUAACGAUUCGUGGAAUAAUUCCGAAUUGCUGAAACAGAUAGUGCAGCAAGAUCAAAAUAUAAUGCAACCCAAGAAAGAAAAUAGUAAUUCUAAAAUUAGAAACAUUGUUAACACAAGUGAGUCUAUUACGUUAAAAAAUACGAAAACUUGCGCGCGAGAUAGUAAAGACGACGUGCAUAAAGCGGAUGUUAAGAAACGUACUGCCGCACUUAAGGGGAAAACGCCACGGAAAUUGUCAAAAGUAACGAAAGUGGAUUCCCCUGUGGCGAAUAUAAUCGUUUUCAAAAAGGAACGGAAGACGUCCGCGGAUUCAAAUAAAUCCGACUCGGAUGACUUCGUCGUUGGUUCGCAGCAAUUCGAAUCUCCUUUUAGCAGUAAUAAAAGUCGAACGAGGACGACGUUGGAGAAAAUGCGUAAACUGCGUUCUCAGAAACUCCCCGAGGUUACAAUAACAGAAAUAAACAAUCAUUUAAAUUCUCCUAUAAAAGAAAUAACGAAUGACAUAGCGGAGGAUAAAAUAAAAGAAGAAGAAAGUGAAGUGAAGCCAAAGUUGAAGAAAAUUUUACCACCAAAUGCAUUGCUUUCUGCGAAUUGUAGUAUAGACAGCAUUGUGUAUAAUUCCGAAGAUGAGGCGACAAACAAUUUAACCAGAUCAACUUUGAGAACAAAGCAGCACGAGACGCAAUCGAAUAACUUGAAUAAAGAUAUCAAAUUAAAGACAGAAAAUAUAUCAUCUGAUAAGAAAAAGGAUUUGUUGAACGAAACGGUAGAUUGGAAUACAUUGAAUAUCGUGAAAGUUGCAAACAACAGAGCGACUUUUAAUCUGUUCAAACGCGAAGUAUUAAAGAAACGAAAUAUCGCGUUAGCCUUGCACUGUGACACAUAUAUAGAUAAUACAAAUAACAUAGGCUCAAGGAUUUGUGCCUCUAACACAGAAGGAAAACGAAGACUCAGAAGAUCUGGAAGUUAUGCGCAUGGGAAUAAAGAAAUUCGCGGCGUUGCAAUAUCCUGGGAAAGUAAUAUUGCAUAUUAUGUCUCCUUCAGUAAUUCACAAGAAUCAAAAGUCUCCGGAAAAGAACAGAUGGCUCUAUUGAAAGAAUUAUUUUACGAUACGACUUUGUACGUAAAAUGCUUCGCGAUAAAGGAUGUAUAUAAACUCUUGUAUCAAUGCUGCGGAAUCACUGUCAAAUGUAGAUUUCUUGAUCCCGUGAUUGCACAUUGGUUGUAUACCAAUGAUUUCGAAAGAAAUUUCAACGAAAUGGUAGUGCAAUACUUUCCACAAGGGACUUUUAUAAUGAAACGUACAAAAUCUUCUUACUAUGCCGGUCCUGGGAUGGAUGUGCGAAGUUCUUUACCAGGCGAGUUUAGAUCAGCAGCAGAAGCCGUCCUUACGUGGCACAUGGUGGAUAAUGUCACGAGUAAAUUAGAAGAACUUAAUCCUGUUCUAAUUUAUACGUUUAGAGAAGUAGAAAUGAAAAUCAUGACAACUUUAGCUUGUAUGGAAUUAUCGGGCAUUGGCGUGAAUCUAAAGUCUUUACAAGAGCUGUCGUCGGUUAUUUCAAAUGAAAUGGAGUCUUUAGAAACAAAAGCUUACAACUUGGCAGGCAGAAAAUUUAACUUUUCAUCGUCCAAAGAAGUUGGACAGGUAUUAGGAUUAUAUAAAGAUAAAAAGGUCAGUACAAGCAAGGCUGUUUUGGAAAAAUGUGAUAAUCCAAUAUCGACCUUGGUGAUUUCCUGGCGGAAAUUAAAUGCAACGAGAACAAAAAUGAUUUAUCCGUUGCUAAACCUAGCCCAAGAAGAUUCUCGUAUUCGUGGUAAUUGUAUCACUUGUACGGUGACAGGAAGAGUCUCGAUGCACGAGCCAAAUUUGCAGAAUGUGCCAAAGGAUUUUAAUUUCGUAGACAAUAAUCUGGUCGUAAGCGUAAGAAUGGCAUUUGUACCAGCUUUGGGCAACAUAAUGCUAUCCGCCGACUAUUGUCAACUCGAAUUGCGCCUCUUGACGCAUUUUUCGCAAGAUUCGGUAUUGUGCAAAAUCAUGAGACAGCAGGGUGACAUUUUUAAAAACAUCGCUGCCAAAUGGAAUAAUGUAGUAGAAGAACAGGUAACUAAUGAAAUGCGUCAGCGUACCAAGCAAUUGUGUUACGGCAUGAUUUACGGCAUGGGAGUAAAAUCAUUGGCUGAAAGUCUGUGCAUAAGCGAAACCGAAGCUCAAGAAUUUUUAGAAUCUUUUAUGAGCGCAUAUCCGGGCAUAUAUAAAUGGUUAAACGACGUACUAGAAGAAGCGCAUCACGAUGGAUAUGUGACAACCCUACUCGGAAGACGUAGACAGCUUCCGGAUCUAAAAAGUACAAAAUCAUCUACGAGAGCGCAAGCAGAACGACAAGCUGUAAACACAAAGGUACAGGGUUCCGCCGCGGACAUCGUCAAAAAGGCCAUGAUAAGUAUAGAGGACAAGAUAAGAAGUUACUUUCCGAACUCGGCUAUAGUAUUUCCAGAGGUGCACACCACUCGCAGAUUACGAAGCAACUUGCAACAGAGAGGUGGUUAUUUAGUUUUACAGUUACACGAUGAAUUGUUAUACGAAGUAAAUUUAGCAGAUUUAAAGGAAGUUGCUGUUAUAAUUAAAGAUUCAAUGGAAAAUGUGUGCCAACUCACUGUGCCAUUGCCAGUAAAAGUCAGAGUUGGGCCUGCAUGGGGCGAUUUAAAUGAUUAUCAAUUUUAGCAGACAUUCCUAAUCAUAGCGCGCUAAUUAUUACUAUCGAAUCGCUAUUUUUAUACACUAUUUUUAAUAAUUGGUUACGGUUAGACUAUUUAUGGAUCAUGUCAUAUAUCAGAUAUUUUAUACAUAUUUUAUACAUAUUAUUUUUUAAUACUUAUGGGAAAUGUAAAUACUUGAUUGUUUAUCUUAAGUCAAGUCAUAUUAUUCAUAUAUUUU